AUGUUUAGAAUUAAUCAGAUUUGCUUGAAGUUUUUUCUACUUUUAGUUUAUUUUCAGACUGCAGAGUCUAGAGCAGGAGGCGGAGAUGAUAGCAGCAGUGAUUAUUCUUCAGAUGACUCAAGUUCUUACGAUUCCAGUGAUAGCUCUGAUUCUAAAGGCGAAUGAACUACUACCGAUUCUUAUUUCUUCCUUGGUUGUACCUUUAUUUUCAUUAUUUUGAUUGCUACCGCAAGUAUCUUUUCUAUUGACCGAAAAGUUGAUAAAAAACACAAACAGAUUUCGAAAAAACUAAAAAAUGCUGGCGACUUUAUAUGAGAUGAAAAUUUAAUAAUUUCAAGUGUAAAGGAAUCGUUUAUUGCAUUACAAAAAGCAUGAUCUAAACAAGAUUUGGAUUUUAUUGAAAGAAAAUUAACGAAAAAACUGUUUAUUAAGUGAAGAAAUUUAUUAAUGGAAAUGAGAAAUAGGGAUGAAAGAAACGUAGUCAGUGAUAUUGUAUAAUAUUUAGCAUUAUUGUAGGAAAUGUCCUGACGUUAAAAGACCCUCUCACUAUAAUUCCAAAGCAUUAUAGUAAAUAAAAUAAAAUUUGUAAAACUUCAAGAAAAUGAAAAGAGGUUUACAGUUUUUAUUGAUGCAAAAGUAAAAGAUGUGACUGUAAAUAUUCAUUCUGGAAAAGUUUUGAAAGACCAAACUGGUAAUUUUAGAGAGUUUUGGACUUAUGUGUGGGGUGUUGAUUCAUGGUUGCUUAGAAAAAUUAACCAAGAAAGUGAAAACACAAAAUUCCUUUAA